CCAGGUUUGCUUAGCCUCACAAGUGUUCGAAUUUGCUACUAAGAUACAGUCCACCAUGGCGAACAUGUACAGGACAAUUUCCGUAGAGAGAGGAACCUCAUCGGCAGGUGGAAACUACAGCAGACUCCACUCACCAAGGCAUACUGGAAGCGUCUAUGCCGGAGCUGGAGGCUAUGGUACUAAAAUUUCAAAAAGCUCAACCUAUGGUGGUGGCUAUGGUGGAGGUUACAGUGGUGGCUAUGGUGGUGGUAGCAGCAGCUUGUUGAUCAAUACCAACAGUGAUAUCUUGCUCAAUGGCAAUGAGAAACACACCAUGCAGAACUUGAAUGAUCGUUUGGCCACCUACCUGGACAAAGUACGCUCCUUGGAGAAGGCCAAUUCUCAGAUAGAACUACAGAUCAAGGAUUGGUACGGCAAGAAUUCUGGUGUGGGGCAGAAGGAUUAUCAAGACUACUACAAGACCAUUGAGGAUCUAAAAACUGAGAUUUUGAACAGAACCAUGGUCAAUGCUGAAAUCCUGCUGAAUAUAGACAAUGCUAAGCUGGCUGCAGCGGACUUCAGACUCAAGUUUGAGAGUGAGCAGUCCCUCAGAAUUGGUGUGGAAAAAGACAUUGUUGGGCUGCGUAAACUGAUAGAUGACCUCAAUAUUGAAAGGAUUGACCUGGAACACCAGUAUGAAUUCCUACAGGAGAACCUAGCUUACCUCAAGAAGAGCCACGAGGAGGAAGCCGGGGUGCUCCGCAACCAAAUAACAGGCAAAGUCACUGUAGAGAUGGAUGCAGCUCCCUCUGUGGAUCUGGCAAAAGUACUGGCUGAUAUGAGGACACAAUGUGAAGAAGUAGUAGGAAAGAUCAAACAAGAUGCCAAGCAACAGUUUGAGACUCAGAUAGAAGAAGUAAAUGUACAGAUUGGUGGCAAUGUUGCUGAAUUGGAAAAGCACAGGUCCUCUGUUAACGAAAUUAAACGUCACAUCCAAAGCCUGGAUAUAGAGCUUCAGUCUGAGUUGAGUAAGAAAGAUGCCCUGAGUGCCACUCUAGACAAUAUCAAUGCCCAGUAUGCCUCACAGCUGCUCCAAAUACAAAAUGCAAUUAAAAAUAUUGAGGAGCAGCUGAUACAGAUUCGAAGUGACAUGAGUCGACAGUCUCAAGAGUACGAAAUUCUUCUGAACAUCAAGAUCCGUCUUGAACGCGAGAUUGAAACUUAUCGGCGACUUCUGGAGGGAGAUGAUAUAAACAAAAUAACUGAAGAAGAGAAAUUAAGAGAAAUGAGCAGAAGUCGUAAGAUUAAGACGAUUGUAGAAGAAGUGGUUGAUGGGAAAGUUAUUUCUUCGCAGGUUAAAGAAACUGAAGAGCAGUUACCUAAUGUGAAACAGUUACACUGAUAACCAACUCACCAAACUGAAUUCUGUUUUUCAGAAACUCACAAGUAACCAGAAGGGUGUGUUGAAAAAAAUAAAAUAUCGAUAUGGAAGAAACAA